ACUGUAAAUUAAAACUCCACAAAUAUUACAUGUACCUGCACUGGAAGAAAUUAUAACCAUGAUAUAAUAUCAUGGAAGAUUUAUCCGAUGAAGAUAUUUUACAUUUGGAUAACGAGAAAGUACCCUCCUUCAUUGGGUCUAGGCGGGGAUUUACCCAUUCCAGCGGAUUUUACGAGGAGGAACGUGGUGAGAAUCAAAGUCUACAGGAAGUAUUAGUAAUUGGAGUCCCUGAUAUCGACACCGACUCAGAUGAUUCUUACGACGAAGAAGAACAAGUUUCAUUUCAAAAUGAAGGAGGAAAACCAUUACCUCUACCCGAGGAAGUCAUUGUGCGACGAAAUUAUAUUUUCCUAAAAGACGAACUUUCAGUCCGUUGGAUUUACCAUUUUCUGCACCAAGAAGAUGUCCUUUCUAUUCGUGAUCUAGAGGAUAUCUGCGGAAGUCCUAAACCAAGACAUGUUCAGAUAGACGCACUGCUGAAACUUCUACUUCGGUACGGAAGGACAGCCUGUAACAAGUUUGUCAAUAUUUUACAAGCACCAGAAUGCGGAUACGCUUACAUCGUGGAUACAUUCCAACAGACGAGAGACUGCAGGACAAAGGAAGAUUGGUCGGCUUAUCAGAGAGAAAUAACGGUGGACCAUAUCAGAGCGGAGCACGCCUUCCUGUCUAGAAGCAUGGAGCCCGUCCCCACAGCCGACUUUAUACUACAAGAACUACGAGAGGACGUGUUCUCCAUUUAUGAUCAUGAUGAAGUCCAAAAUGAGGUUUCAAAAUUGAGGCAAGCCAGAGUUCUGCUUAACAAAAUUACGAAGAAGGAUGACGUCAUUUUGAAUUGCUUUCUCUGUGCUGUCGAGAUCGUUCGCAAUGUAUUACCCGGAGUUUCCAUCAUUGAGCGUCUGAAGAACAAACCCCGAACCAAAACAAAAGACAGUGGUCAGAAACGGGUUGGGGUCUUUUUUCAAGACGAACAUCUGGUGAAGGUCGUUGACGCUGACAUGAGAUACGAUGAUGACAGUGGCGAUCACGUGAUCAUUUUCAGAUUCAGAAAUCAACAGAGACGGAAGAUACAGGAACUAGAGAACGUACUAGUGCGCAGAAUCCACAACAUGGAUUCCGAAAUAGACGAAUUGGCAACAAGAUUCAUGCGCAUGAGCAUACAGGAUUGUCAAGCAGGAUCGAUAGUACUGUAUGUAAAGGCUUUAACAGACAAUGCAGCAGAAAUUCUGGACAAAAACCAGUUGAAAAUGUUCAUCCAGAAGGUUCUUCAAGAUCCAGAGAUGAACAGACUGCUGCCUGCCGGGACGCUACAACUUCAAGUAGAGACCAUAACCAGUGGAUUUGUCGAGGGGGAACUCUGGGAAAUCGACAGAAGUUGCCUGAUGGAGGUUCUGGCAGACAACAGGGCUAUGCUGGAAGAUGAGUUAGAACCGUACCGAUUUCUACCACGGUUCCGAAAAGAGGGCCUAUUUUCUCAGGAGGAGGUUGAUUUGAUUAAAGGACAAAAUAUCCGACGAAACAGGGCAAACGAAUUCCUCCGACUUCUGCAAGGGAAGGGAAAGCCUGCUUUGGAAGUGUUUGUGGACGAGUUGAAAAAAUUAAACGAAAGUUAUAUUUUGCAACAACUCUUCCCAUCGACAAGCACGUCUACUCAAUGCAGAGAUUGCUUACGGAAUGCAAUUCUGGAUAAUUACGAGGACAUUCGGGAUGAGAUAGACGUUAAGAUAUCAGAUUAUAGUGACCCUCCCUGCCACGCGGCCUACGCCCUCUUCAAGGACAGCAGCGAGCGAUACAGGUCUCCCCAGGCUCUCAUCAAACACGUGCUAGAGUGCGACACUGCGCUGGUCAGAUUUCACAAGGUCACGCGAUCUACACCAAUAGCCGGACUUACAGAAUUUGACUGUAAUUGCACAGGUUACAGAGAUUUCACAUCUUCUACCCAGAGAAAGCAACGUGUGUACAACUAUCGAAUUUCCUCUGUCUUACUAAAGAAAGAGAACCCAGUGAGUACAAAGACUGAAGGCAAGAUUCCAUUCACGGACCUGGUACCAGCUCCAGUAUUGAAGAAUAGAGAAAAGUCCUCCCUAACUAACAAGACCGUUAAAGCAAAACCUUCCUUUAGGUCUGUGCAAGGAAAGAAUGUCACAUUCAAUAUUGAAAAAGUACCCGUCAACUCUUAUACGCCAGAAAACAGAAGAUUCCUCAAUACCAAGACAAAGAAAGUAAAGAAGACAGGCAAAAAAGUGGUUCCGAAAAGGACUGCAAUUGUGAAAAAAUAACAAAAUACACAUCAUCAAAAACCACGAGAAUGGAGGUACCCAUGGGUUACAUACAAUGUCUUGGGCAAAUGAAACUACAAUAUCUUAAUCCAGAUGUUGCCACUUUGUUUUUACAUACUUUGUAUUUAUUGAUUGUAAGUUUAUUAGGUUUAUAUAGCAAUUAUUUUAUAUUUUAAGCCAAGUUCGCGAUACUUCAGCCAUGCUGGCUUUGGAAGUUGAGUGUUCUCUUUCCCGACACUUGCUAUAAACAAACUCUUUCCAAACCAUAAAAUGAAACCAAAUUUGAAUACAAUAUACCAUUUGGAAUGUAAUUUAAUUCUAAUAUUCCUCAACGAAGUCCAAAACAAUGGGGGAUUUGUAUAUAGUUAUACAUUUCAACCCUUUUAAAAGCAUAGAAAAUCUACCUUUAUUUCAGGAAUUUUAUAUUUGUACUUUAAUACUAUAACCAAACUAAACCAAAUAUAUUUUGUUUGUAUCAAGUAUCUUUUAGAAUCCGGUUUGUGGUGGCUGGUUAAUAGCCUGCUUUUUUUUCUUCUAUCAUAACUAUUCCAUGAUGACAGUCUUUUUGUGUCAUAAGGGUUAUGAUCUCUCGGACACGGGACAAAAUUUUACAUCUCAUUUGAAAAAUCGAUAUAAUACAGCAAUAUGUCAAAGUCACUGAACGGAGAUCUGCUGACAAACAUUGGCAACUUUGUUUUCAAAACAAUUUUAUUCCACUUUAAAUAUCAUUUAUCAUCACACUAACAAAUGUAACAAUAGGCCUGAAGGCCUUAACAGUCAUCCGAGUAAUAUCUCUUUAAAUAGACAACUCAAUAAAACAAGGCGUUUUAUAUUUUUCUAAAAAUGCAAAUAAAUUGUCCUUGGUUUCCACAUUUUAUACACAAAAUUCCAUGCGUAAAGAAGCAUUCUAAAAACUUCAUGCACUGUAUAUAUUUUCACUGUAAAUUGAACCUCAUUCACUUUUAAUUAUUCAUUGUAAGUUUUUAAUUGUACAUUGAUCUUACUCUAUUCAGGCUACACUAUAUCAUUCAUUUACCAACAUAUUUUAAACAUUGCUGUCCAUGCCAUCCAAUUGUAAUUUAUUUACUGACAAAGAUAUAAUUUUAAAUUCUCAAGGACCCCAUUGGAAAUAAGCAAUAAUAUUUUUGCUUUAAUGGGUUAUCCUAGGUAGACUGUGAUAUAAGUACAUAAUGCAGCAGUGAUAAUAUCUUGUGUGUGAUGACAAUACUGUGAUAAAAUGACUGUGAUAACAUCGGGUAUGCUAAGUUUUAUACAAUUAACAUGUGUAUUUAUUUAUCUAUAUUUUGAUGAUGUUUUAUACAAAAUGAUUGUUCUGCCUGAAUAAAACUACUACUACUACUA